AUGCGAAUAGAAAAUCAUGAUGAAUCUUCAGAAGCAGUUGAUUUGUGUAUUGCAACUAUAUGUUUUUAUAACAUUGAAUAUAUACAAGACAAUAUGAAAAUGAUCUCCAAUUCUCUUUUACGUAUGAUUAUGAAUAGAUUAAAAUAUAUUUCAAUGAUUUUACGUCAAUUCUAUUUUACUGCUGAUGAAAAUGAUCAAACUAUGGAAAAUGAAACAACAAAAUUUGUUUCAAAUUGUAUCGAAAAAUUUCAAUAUGUUGAAUCAGCAAGAAUUCAUUUUCUGGAUUUAUUAGAUUCAUUAAGAAGUAGUGUAGCUCGCUUACGAUCAUCCUCAACAUCAAUUUUGUUAGAAGGAGUAUCAAAACCUGAUAAACGAGUGACAUUACGUCUGCCUAAUUCUCUACGAAGAGAAGGUCAAUUUCUUAAUGGUCUUCUAACGACUGAUGUACAAUUUUAUUCUGAUCGAAAAUCUUGCUCAUUAAUUCAUCAUUUUACUAAACUUUUCAUGCCAUUAGAACACAAUGAUGAGUUCGAAACACAAUACAGAGUAGCGGUUGCUAUGGAUAAUAUACCAGAAUAUUUACUGUUUCGCAAUGAUGAAGAUGUUUUAAUCCCAUUAACAUUUAUUCCUUCACAUUUACAGAAUCUUUAUCUUCGAUUAUUGAAAGAAAAAUUUAUUAUAAUCAAUCCAAGAGAUUCGAUAGCCAAUAAUAGACAACAUCUUUAUUUUGGUCACAUUCUGACUGAAUGUUUAAUAUUUCUAUCAAAUCCAUCGUGCAAGAGAUUAUCGAUUCGAGUCGCUUCAAUUGCCCUACUACCUUGGCUUCAAAUGCAGCAAUUAGAAAAUUUUGGUAGUAGUCUUUUGUGGACGUUAGCUUUAAAAGACUCCGAUACUUUGGAUAAUUUUGAGAAAAAACGAAAACAUUCAAUGAAUCAUGAAACUGACCAGUAUACGGAUACACGUGAGGAUCCUUUUCAAGGAUCUUAUUUAACAGAUGAAGAAUGGAAAACAAUAAUACAAAAUAAUAUUGAACAAGAAUAUGAAAGACUUCAAAAUGCUUCAAUUGAAAAUGAUCAAAGAAAUGUAAAGCUUUAUUCCGCAUCAAUCUCUUUAGCACGUAUUUGUCGUUGGACUGAAGAUGAAAGAAAAUUAUUUUUAUUAGAACAAAGUAUAAAUGGUGCUAUGUCAAUUCAGAACAAACUUGCUCGUCUCGAUGCAUUAUGUGUCAUUGCUUUUUAUUCACAUUCUGAUUAUCAUCGAAUUAAAGUAGGUAGAGAUAGAUCUCUACAAAAGGAAAUUGAGCAUCAGUUCAAUGAAAUUUAUUCAAAUCUGCCUCUUCUAUUACAAACAGCUAUUGUUAUUCGAUGUUUACCUCUACUUCAACAUUCACAAGCAAUUGAUGAUUGUCUUCAGAAUCUCUUUGAUAAACUUACCGAUACAGAUCAACGAGAUCAACAAGCAGUUAUUGAAGCAUUAUUACCAUACAUGCAAUUGACUUACACGUUUUCGUCAAUUACGAAUCGUUUCUCAUAUAGUUUACAAGACCAAAAUAGAAUAAUACAUAAUAAAUCUUCUUUCUUGAAGAAAUAUUUUAAUAUUGGUUCACAUGAAAAUGUAUCGUUUUCAUUAUUUAUUUCUAAUUUGUAUCUUAUGGAAUUAGCUAAUGAUUUUCAUGAAUGUAUUAAAAUGGAUAAUCGUCAAUUAAUCAUUGAUGAAUCAAUUAUAACAAAGCUAUUUCAAUUCGAAAAUUGUAUCUUGACAGAAGUACAAGCAUCAACAAUCACUCAUAUUCUUUCCUUUAUUUCGUUAACAAAUCAAUAUAAUCAGUACGAAAAGCUUUGUAUUAUCUUAAGCAAUGCUCUUCAUCGUAUGAAUUGGGUAGAAUUAAAAGCAUCUCAUUUGUUAGAAUCUUGGUUGAAAUGGAAAGACUCAAAUGAAUUCUCUUGUUUUGUCUAUCAUGCUGCACUUCUUAUAAUUAAUUCUGAUAUAUGGUCUGUCGAAGCUACAAUAAUUGUAUGUGAUCUUUUAUAUAGUGAUAAUGAUCGUUUUCGUCAGAGAGCUGAAAUUACAUUUCAAUCACGAAAUGAACAUGAUGUUCGAACUAGUUCAAAAUUGGGCAUUGAUGUUUUGUUAACUUUACUUAAGAGAAAAGUUCAUUAUCAAUUAACUUCAGCAUCUUCCAAACUUAAAUUAAUUCGAUUGUUCACAAAUAUAACUCUAGACAUUCAAUCUCAUCUAGAAACAUUACUUUGGUUAGAAAGAUACAGAAUCCAUGCAUUGAUCAAUAAGGAAUAUUCCUUCAGCAAGUUAAAAUCAUCGAGAAGUUCUGUUGUAGCUUCAUUUUUUUCAACUGAUAUCGCGAUAAACGCAUGCACCUAUAUUAAUUUGUUUCGACUUUCUGGUGAUUUGGUAAUAUAUAUGUGUGAUAUGAUUGCUUCGAAUUUAUCUUCAUUCUUAGCAAUUGAUGAACACACAACAUCAAAUGAAGUUUUGGAAAGUCAUACUCAAUUUGUUGUUUCAGUACUUUUGACUUCAGACAACUUACUGAAUCAUAAUAAUGAAACACGGCAAAUAGCAGUUACUGCUCUUAUGAAUUUAUUCGAUAUAUCUGACAACAAUGAAAUUCGUCAAGCAGUAGCGUAUGCUCUUGGUUAUAUAUGUGAUGAACAAACAUAUAAAAUGUUAUUUGAAAAAAUUAUAUUCGUAAUGAGCAGCAUAUGUGAUGAGAAUUCUACUUAUUCUAACAAUGUUUUGAGUGCCCUAAUUUCAAGUUACUCCCAUUGUGCAUCUAUAUACAACAUCGCAUUUGAUCAAGAUGAUUUGGAUUUAUUUUGUACUUUGUUAAGACACGACUGUCAUGAUAUUUCAAAAGCAGCUCGUACAGGAUUUGGUCGUGUUCUCCAAGAUACGUCAUUUCUACUUGAAAUGAUUGAUCUUGAUCGUAUGCAGUGUUAUCAUGCAUUGAUUGAAUCGACUGCAUUCGUAUAUCUUUAUGAUAUUCAACAAAAUCGUGAAAAUGCUAUCGUAAAGUUUAUCGUAGAACACCGUACUCUUUUGUCAAUCUUUAUGGCUGAAUUAUACAAUAGCAUACGCGACUUGACUAAUAGAGCAUUACAAAUGGCAGAUACAGGUUUUUAUUUAGCUUACGGAUAUCCUCCAUAUGUGAACAUUGCUAGUUUAAUCGCUGUACGUAUACCAAUAGAAUUUUGUGCUUUUAUCAAAGAUUGGAGCGAUGGAGAUAAUUUUAAAUGUGCAUUGUUUUAUGCGAGUAAACAACAUAAUUUUCCACAACGUGCUGCUUGCUUAACAAUUCUAUCGCUCUUGGGUGAGUUAACAGUCGAUAUAUGUGAGAUGUUUAUUGAAGCUGUACGUGAUGAUCCAUAUGUUCAAAAUACUUGUUAUAAAUGUAUAACACGCAUUCAUUCUAUUAAAGAUGAGAAAGUCGUUUUAAAUCUUUUAUUAUCGUAUUUAAAAUCAAAAUCAAUAAAUGUUCGAUAUGUUACAGUUAAAAUACUUCUUCAUCUUUCUCAAUCAUCUCUUAUUUCAUCCGAACAAGUUCAAACAAUAUUGAAUGAUCUUAUAUUAGAUCCUAGUUCAAGUGAAAAUUUAUGGUUAAUUCAAGAGCAAGAUCAUCUCUUGGCAAAAUGUGAAUAUUACUAUGCUGGUCCAUUGAAAGAUGUUAUUUAUUCACUAUUGAUUCAGCAUGUAACUGGACAUGCAAGUAGCAAGGUUCAAAGAAAUGAAUACAAUGAUAUUGAUUUAAAUUUUAUUGAAUCUAAAAAAGCAUCCCGUUUCGCUACAUGUAUCUAUGAGGAAAGAACUGCAUAG